AUGUUGAUUAUCCAUGGGAAUGAGACUGGUCGAAUCGUUUGUCAGCCUAUCGAGUUCGACAAAGAUAACGAUAACGAUGGACACAUCGACUUCAUUGCUGCAGCUACAAACCUGCGAGCUAUGAUGUAUGGACUGCCGGAGGCGGAGAGGUUCGAGGUGAAAAGGAUUGCUGGCCGCAUUAUCCCUGCGAUAGCCACAACCACAGCUGCUGUCGCAGGUUUGGUUAGUCUAGAGGUGUUAAAGUACAUUUGUUUCAGCGGAACCUCUUCCGAGAUAGAAUGCCUUACCAACCAUUCGAGGAACAAUUUUGCCAAUCUCUCUCUCCCCUCCGUCCUCUCUGCUUUGCCUGGCCUCUGUGUUACUAAAAAUCUCCCCAACAACACACAUUUUACCGUUUGGGAUCGAUGGGAGAUGAAGUUGCCUACCAAAACGUCUACUCUGAAGGAGUUUAUCGAAUUAAUAAAGCGGGAAAAGGGACUCAAUGUCUCCUUGAUCACACAGAACUGCCGCCCCAUCUACAUGACACAUCUACCAAACUUUGAACGCAACCUCCGCAAACCGAUGCUUCCGAUGCUCAAAUACACACCAAAGGAUAGUUACGUCGACUUAGUCGUCGCCUACGAAGGCGAUAGUGACAGUGAUGAUGUCGAAGGACCCUCAUUCCGUUUGAUGCUUCCAAGUGAUUAG